AUGCAAUCUAAAAGUCGACUACGCCCGCGGCCGCCAGCGCCCGGCGGCGCCGCGGACGCCGCGGAGGCGCCAACGAUGAGGAAAGAGGAUUUAAAAUGUAAUAAAUUGUCUUUAGUGUACAAAAAGUCAAGAGCUCGUCCGAGCGAAGCUUAUAGUGAAAUCGCUGGGAGUCGAACUGAAUACAGACGUCGUACACUCGCACACUGCACGCGCGCGCCGCCCCCGCCGCCCGCGCCCGAUUUAGACAUGUUUGCUUUGAUCGUA